AUGCAAGCGUUGCGGAAAGACAUACAAACAGAGGAACGGCUUGAUAGACCACAUGAAGGCUCAACUUGUGUACAAGAUUGUAAUGAGUGUGGUCAGAUAUUUCACAAGAAGGAUCUCUUGGAUUUACAUAAGCAAGGCAAUGCUAAAGACGAGAAUUAUGAUUGCGGAGAAUGUGGCGUUGUUUUCACGGAGAAGUCUUUAUUAACCGCGCAUAUGCAAACUCAUACUGAGGACAGGUCGUAA